CGGCCCUUCCUGGUGGCCUGGAACAUGCCCACCCAGGACUGCAAGCCCCGCUUCCACGUGUCCUUUGACUUCAGCAUCUUCGACCUGUAUGCCUCUCCCAACGAGGGCUUCGUGGGGCAAAACCUCACCAUCUUCUACAAGGAGCGCCUGGGGCUCUACCCCUACUACAACCGUCAGGGUGUGGCCGUCAAUGGUGGUGUCCCCCAAAACAGCAGCCUGUCCAGCCACCUUGCCCACCUCCAGGAGGGCAUCAACAAGUACAUUCGCUUUUCCACCACGGAAGGGCUGGCUGUCAUCGACUGGGAGGAGUGGCGACCCAUCUGGGCUCGCAACUGGAAGCCCAAGGACAUAUACCGGGAGGUGUCACAGGAACUGGUGUCUCAGCGUCAGCCCACCUGGUCCCGUGAGGAGGUGAACAAGCAGGCGGUGUUCGAGUUUGAGUCGGCUGCCCGGGAGUUCAUGGUGACAACGCUGCGCACAGCCAAGAGCUUCCGACCCAAGCAGCUCUGGGGCUUCUACCUCUUCCCUGACUGCUACAACCACGACUACAGCAAGAACAAGGAGAGCUACACCGGGCAGUGCCCGGAUGUGGAGAAGACCCGCAACGACCAGCUGGUGUGGCUGUGGAAGGAGAGCACAGCCCUCUCCCCCUCCAUCUACCUCGACCCACUCCUGGACUCCACUGCCAACAGCCGCAAGUUCGUGCGUGCGCGGGUGAUGGAGGCCAUGCGCAUCUCGCAGCAGCACCACGAUGACUACUCCCUACCUGUCUUUGUCUACACCCGGCCCACCUACAUCCGCAAGCUGAAUGUGCUCAGCCAGGCAGACUUGAUCUCCACCAUCGGAGAGAGUGCGGCACUGGGUGCAGCUGGAGCCAUUUUCUGGGGUGAUGCAGACGACACCAAAAACCGGGACUCUUGCCAGACCAUCAAGGACUACCUUGAGGGGGACCUGGGGCGCUACAUCGUGAAUGUCACGACAGCAGCAGAGCUGUGCAGCACGGCGCUGUGCCAGGGCCGGGGUCGCUGCCUGCGCCAGGACAGCACCGCUGACGUCUUCCUCCACCUCAAUUCUACCAAUUUCCAGUUUUUUUGAGACCACCACCAGCAGCCCCUCUUCUGGGCUGAGGGCCAGCUGUCCUCUGCUGACAUCUUCUUCCUACGGACCCACUUUCACUGCCACUGCUACCAGGGCUGGAAGGGCAGUGGCUGCCAGAUGCCCAUUGCUCCUCGCAGUGAUGCCCCUGGCCCCCUGGCACCUCUGGGACUUGGGGUGCUGUUGCUGCUUGCAAGCUGGUGCUAA